AUGGACACUAUGACUUGGGCUGAAUUUAUGAAUCGCUAUAGGGAAUUUUUCUUACCGUUUGCGGUGACGGAAAGUUAUCGUAACCAGUGGUUGACCCUGAGUAGAGGCAAUCGGUCCGUGCAGGAGUUUGUGACUGAGUUCACUAGAGUGAGUCGAUUUGAACUCGAUUUGACGGCAGAUCCAGUUAGAGUGAACUCGAGGUUUGUAGAAGGUUUUGGAGCUAAGUUUGUGAGUUUGACAUCUGAUAUAAGUAAACCUUUAGUGCAACUGAUUGAUAGCGCCAGGCAGAUAGAGAUUUCUCUGAUCCGGUUUGGGAGAAUUCCUGAUCCUUCUAACGUUGUACCUAUGCGGAGUGAUACGUUUCACAGCGUGCAGAGCGCUCCAACACAGUCAUAUGUUGGGAGUUACUUUAGGCCGAUACAACAUCAGCGAGAACGUAAGAAAGCUCGACAUGGAUCUCGAGCUGGAACUACUAGCACAGGAUUUGGUGCUAGAUCUACUAGUGGUUUGGGAGGCGGAGUUCCUAUAUCUACUCCAGUUGGCGAGAGUGUAGAAGUUAGUAUCGUUUAUCCAUCUUUUCCUGUGAGAGUUCAAGGACGAGAAUUGUUAGUGGACUUGAUUUUACUUGAGAAAACUGCUUUUCGAACUCAUUACGGACAUUACGAGUUUCUCGUCAUGUCAUUCGGAUUAAUGAAUGCGCCAGCAGCCUUCAUGGAUCUAAUGAAUAGAAUAUUCAAACUAUACUUGGAUCAUUUUAUAAUCGUGUUUAUCGACGAUAUUUUGAUCUAUUCACGUACAGAAGGAGAGCACGCUCAGCAUUUGCGGAUAGUACUACAGACGUUAAGAGAGCAUCGGCUUUACGCGAAAUUCUCUAAAUGCGAAUUUUGGCUAACGGAGGUGGCAUUCUUAGCACCAGUCUUAGCGCUACCAGAAGGAACAGAAGGAUUCACAGUAUACUAUGAUGCGUCAAGAGUUGGACUAGGAUGUGUCCUAAUUCAACGUGGAUGA